AUGGCUGCUGUGGGAAAAAUCAGUGGUAAAGGCAAAAGGAAAAUCGACAUAAUUCCGAUCGAUAACAAAUCCAGAAAACAAGUUACGUUCUCGAAACGCCGUGCCGGGUUAUUCAGGAAGGCGAGCGAGUUGUGUUCAACGUGCGGCGUUGAGUGUGCGGUUGUUACAUUCUCUCCUGCAGGAAAGGUGUACUCUUUCGGACACCCUAAUGCAGACGAAAUAAUUCAGCGUGCUUUUCCUACGUUUCGAUCAUAUGAGGAAGUUCUUGCGCAACCUAUUGAGGAUAUGGGUUUAGAUGAUCUUGAGCGAUUUAAGGUUGCGUUAGAGGGUUUAAGGAGUCGAGUUGCUUUGAAGGUCAAAGAGAUUAAUUAG